AUGGGACUUCCAUACGCAGGCGAAGAUGCUCAUUUGUUUGCUCCUGCAAGCCCUUUGCAAGACUUUGGGGAGUUCCAGUUCACCCCGCAGCAGUACCGGCUUCUUAUCAAACAGGUUUACCAAGAGAAGAAUCCUUCAAUGAUGGCAGAAUUGGAUUUCAUUUUCUCAAGGUAUCAAGGCCGUGAGGAGGAAUUAUUUCCCCAGGUAUGCCUGAAGUAUGGUGCAGACAGAGCGGCCCUUACAAAAGAUCUUCCACCAAGAACCGAGCUAGAAGAGGGUGAGUUAGUGGAAGCAAUUGUUCGCUUGGAGGAGGAGCACGAGAGACGGAUGCGACUUCUCCGACGGAAAAGGGAGGAAGUGAAAGAACUGACCCUUCUCAUUCGCUUGGGAUCUGAACGACGGCGCUGUCAUGCUUGCGAUGUGGGCAUUUGUCGCGCACAGCGCUUGAUCAGAUUUGCUGGUGAAGUUUGCUGGCUGGUGGCCGAGGAAAGUAGAUGUGCAGAGGAGGAGGGGGCCGGCAGCCAUGGCCAUAGUCAUGAAAACCUUGAGGAUCUACACAGAGGAACGCAGUGGGUGAUCAAAGAGUUAAGAGCCAUUCUCACAAGUGUGGCUCAAGAAGAUCCACAACUGGCUGAAUUGGCGCAUCACCUCUCCACUGCCAAGAUUCAAAAGCCCCAGCAAGUCAAGAAAGACUCAGACCACUCAGGUCCUGAAAAAUUGGAGCCCCAAGGAGAGGAUGGAGAGGAAGUGGAGCGACUGGACUGUGAGUCUGAGCAAUGGGAUCCACAGGAUGAGUUGGAGUCAGACACGCCUGAGCCCAACGAGCCAUCGCAGCCACAAAUAGAGGAACUUGCGACGAGGGAAGCGGAUGCCGAACAUGGCAAGGCACAGGAUGACGCACGGGUACGAUGUGAGGACCAGCCUCCUGCGAAGCCCGACCAAGGUGACCAAAGACUGUCAGAGGCCGAGAAGUUGGAAGAGAAGUUGGACCCGGGUGUGUUUGAGCAGCUGGAAUCCAUGCAACAAAUGUAGGUUCAAUAUGGUUCAAUGACAUUUGGAUCAUUUGGGAUGCCCUGGAGCAUUGUCCAGUAGCAAGUCCUUUGGUGAGCUGACGCUCAAAGAGCGCAGCCCGAAGGUAUGGUCCUUUAGCAUGUAGGACGCAUUUGUUUCGAGUGCCUAGCCUACAAACAGUGCAAAAACAAGAGCC